CUGUGAUUCCUGGAUUCCCAAAAGAAUAUGUACAAGAAUACCUCCACGACGUCUAGCUUGAAAAUACGCCUGGGGGUCUUGUGGACGUCUUAUUGCUUUACCUAGCAAUAAGAAAGACGGCCAGCCUCUUCUUCACAUCUCUCUGUAAAGUGGUUCACGAUGACGACACUAAUUGGCGGUCGUACGGUCAAUGCGUUGGGUGUGUCGCCAAGCACUGAUCGCAAAAAGCGUCUAGCUUGCGAUAACUGCCAUCUAUCAAAGGUUCGCUGCACCGGCGAGCUCUCUGGUUGCCAGCGCUGUGAGCGUGGUAACAAAACAUGCCACUACAGCCAGUCAAAUAUGGGCCGCACAUCAGCAGAUAGAGCAAGCAGAAGACGCAAGUCAAGCGUUCCUAAGACCAUGGGUCCAUACAUAACCAGCCCUACUGGUAGUCAUCAGCAACAGCAGCAACUACACGACUGGAAUUCGUCCAAUAGUCUAUCUAGCGGGGUUGGCGACGUCGAGCAGCAGAUUGAGCAGAACGGGCUACAGUUCCCUAGCUCGUCUGUAGAAAGAAACUAUAGUCUUCAUCAUCAUAAUCGAUCAGCAAGUGAUUCUAUGAGUAUCUUAGACGAAGCCACCAGUCAGGAGCAACGAAAACAUUCGGUAGCAUCCAUGUCACUUGAUAAUAUCGGUGAUGAGCUCCAAGGACCCAGUUUUGACCCGCUCAUUUCGAAUUUCGAGGAUAUAGACUUUUCAGAUAUCGACGAUAAUUAUUUUGAAGUUAUCGGGACUCGUUUAGAAUUAACAUUUCCUCGACUCAUUACCAGCCAUCAAUCUCCUCGAGCUUCACCAUCUCGACAACAACAGCCGCAGCCGCAGCAGCAACAACUCCAUACAACACAACUCUUUGGAACAUCGUCUUCAACGACGACGACAUCAAGCUAUCAGGGCCAUGGUUCCGAGCAAACGCCCGGUACACCGCAUUCCUCUGGGGGUGAUGUCAACUACUGGACAACGCAGCUUGAGGAGCUUUCCCGUAGACCACACAAAUCACCCAUGCCGCUAGACGAGGUGCUUCAUCAGAGCUCACAGCUUCUUCCACGCGUUACUGAAGUUCUCCGCGCAUUAUCUUUAGCAGACCCGUUAUCAUCUACGCAUAUGAUUCUCAUAUUGGUCUGCCUUACACAAGUAAUCACCUUCUUCGAGCAGUGCAUGCCGUCCGUGAUCUGCGGUCUCGAAAAUACCGGGUCAUCUGGAGACCUCUCACUCCACCUCGGCGCCUACCAAGUCGACCGCGAGGUUCAGCAAGCCUUGCAGAUGCACAUUGUGGGAAAGGAAUUAUCAACAGUUCUUCAAGUGUCCAAGUUGAUCAAGCAGACACUGCUACAACCGGAUUGGAACAGCGUCUCCAAGCGGACGCAUGAUCUUCUACUAGAAGACUUACAGGUCAGGACGAAGACAUUAAUGUACCAGAUAAAGCAGAAAUGGAGUUCAGCGCGACAUCUCGCGCUAUGAGAGCGAUCAUCAUGUACGAAAAUCAAAACUUGUUUGUAUAUAGCCAGCAUGGGUACCAGAGAUGUAAAUUAGAUACCAACGGGUAGCGAUAACGUACCGUAAAUCGGUACUAAAUGUUAUGGGUAUUUUUCACA